AUGGUCUUGGAUGCAUUGGAGAACAAUCAAAAUGCUGUUAUAUACACAGACUUUGCGAAAGCCUUCAACAGAUCUAUAAAUAUAACUGAAGUCUUUGAACUUAUUUCCUCAGACAGUGAAGAAGAGGCUUUAUCAAGAGCCAUUGUGCCCCAUGUAACUUCACCCAGAGCUGGACAAGUGUUCUUGGUUGAAUGUGCAGGUAACAGUGCAGUUAGAAUUGUUUAUAAAUUCAAAACUGAUUCUGUGUUUAAUGCUGUUGAAUCUCAAGAGAAAAAUGUAAAUGAUCCUUACAAAAUUAAAGCAGAUGUUGCAUUUCAUAUUGUCCAGUAUAUGGAAAAGUUACCUGAUCAUGUUGAAGAAAAAAUCAAGCAAGAUCAAGAACUACAGAAUGUUAAACUUAAAAAACUAGAGGAAAUGUUAAUGAAAGAAAAGGAUGCAGAAUUGGCAGAAAAGGAAGCACAACUCUCUUGUCUAACUGCUAGCAGUUUUGGGAAGCAGAGAAAGCCAAAUAGCAAGUAUCUUGAUCUUUACAAGGUUGAGUUACCAACAACAAACAAUUCUUUAUCUGAAGAAGAAAAAUGUAAUAAUAGUUAUGAAGAGGAUGACGAAAAUGAUGAAGAAUUUUACGGAAAAUCGUUUGAAUCUCCUGGACUGAGUAACGUGAAAGGAUUCACAAAAGGACUCAGAGGCAGAGCCUCAAGAGGAAGAGGAGGAAGAGGAUCCAGACGGAAUAAAAUUUGGAUGGCUGGCUAUGGUUUAGAGAAAACAAAGCCUAAAAGUUCCACUUUGUUCAGAAUGUGUGGUGAUGAGGAAGUUGAAAUGGAAGAAAUUCAUAAUGAAGCUGAGCCCAUUGAAUUUAGUCAAGCUACUGUAAAGAGAGAAGUUGACAAUUAUGAGAUCAAUCUUGAAGAACUUCCUCAACUGAUAAAUUAUUCGGUGGAUAUUCCUUCACCAAUUUUAAUUUCAGAAACUGUUAUGACAGUUACAGAAAUAUGUGAUCUCAUUGAUAUGAUUCUCCAAAGAAAAACUUGUGUAUAUACAUCUGCUGUCUUGUUGCCCAAAUCAGGAGAACUUUUUGUAUUGAAAGAUCAUAUUAGUGAGGAUAAUGCUAAGAUUUGGAUACAUGGUGGCAGAUAUCCACAAGGAAGAGACCUGUCAGUCACUUGGUAUGACAGAAUCACAUCAGUUGAAGUUUGUCAUAGCCUUCAGGGUAAAGAUCCUGAUGUUAAAUUAAUCUACAGAGCAGAUAAGCAUUGUCAGUUCUGUUUUGUCCACUAUCUCUCAUCUGGAACACCUGGUUUGGAAAAACCAUUUGUCAUGUGUGACCAUAAUAUCUUAACCUCGGAAAAUGACUUUCAUUUACAACUGUCAGAUGAUUCUGUAGAAGUUUCAACCUCAGAGAAUUAUGACCAUAAAGGUAGCCAAGAGUGUCCAAUGAAGCAAGAUACUGCAAGAAAAAAGAGUAAAAAUGGACGGGCACGAAAUAGAGGCCUGAUAGCAGAAGACAAGCUAGUUACACAAAAAAUAUACACAGUUAAAGAUGGACAGGAGGAAGGAAGGAAGCAGGACUAUGCCAGUGAUGAGCCUCGUCCCUUUCGUAUUUACACAAGAGGAAAACUUUAUCUUGCUGAUGCUGAAGAAAUAUUUUGCAGAGUUCAGCAAGGGGAUAUUGCUGUCUACAAGAAUGAAGUGAGAAUGCCUCAGUAUGGAGAUAUUUAUGUCCUUGAUAAGAGCUUUGUUCCCUACAGUGACUCAUUGGCAUGGGUGAGAGAACAUUACUACAAAGUACAUUCAGUUCUUAUGGAGAGGUUUACUCUUCGUGACUCCAAGGCAUUAUUUACUUACCCACUGCCUCCUGCCAGCAAGUCAGUCUUCACACUCUUUAAAAGUGAUCCUCAUAUUUGUAUUAUACAUUAUGAGAAGGGACAUCUUCGAAAUGGAAAAACUAUUCUAAAGUUUGAAAAAUCGGCAGAAACAGUGGAGCGUGAAUGUCAGUCUCGAAUCUACACUGAAUCCAACUCCAAUUUAACACUUUCUCUUGUAGAUGCCAUGUUAUCUAACCCAGAUGAAAAGAGAAUUGUUGUUGCUCCCAUUUUGAACCCACAGCCUUUUCAAGUAUAUCUUCUGAGAUUACCCUCUGAAAAAAAUUCAAAAGUUAUUGACAACUAUAGAUGGACCGACAAAGGCUUCAAGCGUUGGCCUCUAGGAGUGACCAGCUCUGAAACAAAAUUACUCUGUUACCAUUGCCCCAUGAAAAUGCCUCGAAGCGCUAUGUGCACAGCCUUAAUGAGGCACGAGUUUAAGCACACAUCUUUAUCUCCUGAUUUAAGAGUUGUUCAUUAUAUGCCUACAAGAGAAUUCAAAGAAUUUAUUGUUAUUACAAAUGCUGCAAAACAGAUGCAGGCAACAACUGAGUUAUCAAGAGAUGGCUGGGACAAUAUGGAACUUGAAUCUGAAGCUCCUCUUCAUGUCUCCUCAACACGUCUUAAACCUGUUAUGGUGUGGGAUUUUCUCACCAGAGAUGCCAGCAAUGCUAACAUUACUGGUGCUGUUACAAUGGAAAUCAUAACACCUCAGCCAGGAGGAGUCUACCUCAGCACAAAAUAUGAUUCCCCUGACCUGUUGCCAUGGAAAGAAUUAGGAAAACUUCAAAUACAGCCAAGACUGUAUCAAAUUGUUGAGGUUUGUGACAAGAUUAAUGAAGCUCAGCCAUACCUUGUAAGAAUGUGCUACACUUCUCCCAAGGUUCCACACAGAGUGCUGGUACAUUACUUGGGAGAUACGCGACCUUAUCUAGUUAAAGAAUGUGAAAUUAUCAUUGAUGAUUAUACUGGAGAACCAUCUUAUAGAAACAAAAGAUUAGGAUUUGAAAAAUGGGCUUUAUCAAGUAACAAACAGAUCUACUUGGGGAGAGACGAGGUGCAUAUGUAUAGGGAAUGUAGUGAUGUGAAGAGUCAGAGUUUUGUCUUUAUUUCAGAGCAUUUGGAUAGAAGUCAGAAAACUCAGCUCCCAAUCAAGAACCCUGAGGCAGGGGAAGCAUACUUAGUAACAAAACCAUCUAAUACCAAGGUACCUAUUGACUCAUACAAAUGGACACAGAAGGGCUGGCAGCCCAUUCCAAGAAAAGACCCUGUUGUUUUGUGGAAGUGGGGCCUCCUGAGACACAAGAAGCAUACUUGGGCUCAACCUCUUAUCAGAAUCGACUAUGUACACCUCAGAGUCAACACAGAUCUUAUGCUUGUCCAUUACAUACCUACAAAAGACAAUGAACUGAUGCUUGAGAUUAGGAGUGCUAUUUUAUCAGUAAGUAUACCUUUGAUUUAUACUGCUAUACUGUAUUGAUCAUCAUUCCACCAAUGUCUCCUCUUCCCUCCAACACCCACCCUCCUAUAUCCA